AUGCAUACACGGAGAAGUGUCUUGUAUGUUCCGCAAACGGCUAGGGUAUUCUCUGGAACCAUACGAGACAAAAUUUUGUUUGGUCUGUCAUACGAGGAGCAAAAGUACACCAGAGUUAUUGAAGCUUGCUCUCUAGCUGACGACAUCCAGCAGUUUCCUAGCACCGAUCAAACAGGCGUCGGCGAGCGCGGUGUUGUUCUGAGCGGAGGCCAGCGGGCUAGGGUAAGUUUAGCACUUGCAGUGAACGCUGAUGCAGAUCUGUACGUUUUGGAUGAUCCUCUGAGUGCCGUAGACUUCAAAAUUGGACAACACAUAUUUGAAAAAUGUGUCAAAGAACUACUAGGAAAUAAAACUCGGAUGAUGGCCUCUCAUCACAAGGACCACAUGAAAGAUGCCGAUGAAGUGAUUGUGUUAUAUAAGGGCCGUGUGCUGGAAAAGGGAGGUAUCCUUGAGUUACAAGACAAAGGAAUCCUUAAUAACACUAUUGACCCGCCCCGCAAGAAGAUUUCGAAAGGAAGUUUAGGAGAGGAAUUUGCGAGAGAGAAAGAAAAUAAGGGUGUUGAAGCUUCUGGCAACUUGAUUGGAAUUGAAAUCCAUCGAAAGAAACCAGGAGUCUUCUGACGCCACAAGAAGAUCGGGAAAUCGGAGUAAUUUCUUCUAAGCUUUACUGGAACUAUUUUAGAAGCGGACUGUCUACUUGGAUGAUUUUGGCGAUAACCCUUUUCACUAUAGUUGUCCAAGGUUAGACUUAGAGAGGCUUUUCCAAAUACCUCACUGUGGAUCCCUCUACUGCACAAGAUUAGCUAUAGUUGUUCACAUAAAAUUUCGACAUGGUCUCUCGUAAAAGUUUCCGCACCUCGGGCGGUUAAUUUGCCUUCAAUUUGAGUUCUCAUUUGCGAUGUGUUGUUUUCUUCUGCUUGGCUAUAACCUAAUUGCUUGAAGUUAACAACAGUAAAUCGAAAUGCGCCCGAUAUAAUUACCUUAACAUGUAGAAUGUAUUAAAGUAUGGGCUAAAAACUUAAAAUAUUCACCUUGCAAAGAAUUUUGGCAAAUAUUCCGUCAUACACUGGAGCCUUUUACAUGGUAUUCCAAGUGAGGUUGUUUGCCGUUUUGAAACUUCUUGAUGUGCCAUGCGGUAACUCUAUGUUUAAGACUGAACUGAGGGAGAACCAUAGGUGCUUCACUUCAUAGCUUAUGAAAUAUCAAUGAUAAGAAAUAGGGUUUGACAUAAAUUACGGAAACAUGCGGAGCACGCAUUUGACACUGGUACUGCACUAGCCAAAAAAAUUGGAAAACCUUAUCCUUCUCACUUUCAUGCAUCUUGUACCUAGAAGAUCUCAACAUUCACAUGCAAUAUGACCAUUAAGAAAGGCGCAAAAUUCUAAAGUGUAUCAGAUUUCAGAUGAAACGACAGCCAUGCCAUUUUCUUUUCAGGAUUAUUGGCUGCUCCUGACGUGUGGCUCUCGUUUUUGACAAAGCAACUUCCUCAAGAUCAAAAAGAUCGAUCGAGCUUAGAAGUCUACGGAUGUCUUACUGGAAUAGCACUUAUAUUUGUCUUGGCACGAACAUUUAUAUUACUCUCCUGCUUUUUGCGAUGCUCUGAGCGUCUUCAUGACAAGAUGGUCGUUGCCAUUUUGAAAGCUCCUGUUAUGUUCUUUGAUUCGAAUCCCGUGGGAACCCUUGAUGGACUGGACACGAUUCGAACCAGAGGGCGACAAAGUGAUUUUGUGGAGGAGUUUUAAAGGUGGAUUUAUUAUAAUUACCUUAAUAAGGAAGAUACAGUCCCCAGGGUGUGUCAAACAGUGUCAAACAGAGGGUACUCAAAAUUUUUUGCCACCUGAAUAUUGUUGGUUGUUUGCUUAAAAAAAAAGGCUUACAAGCAAGAGCACCCAGGUCUCUCCCCCUUGCUCAUACCACUUAUGAAAAAGGGUAGGAAUAAAGUCCACUAAAAGCUCUGAAAUUUUUUCCCUCUGCUUAUUUUGGGAGAAAUAAGUGCAAUGUCUCAGUGAUUAAUGGACGUUUUUUCGGUCCCUUAGAAGUUAAAUGGACCAAAUAACAAUACAACCUCCUCUAAUUUUUCUUUUGUAUGUGCGUUUUCCUAAAGACAUCAUGAUGUUCUUAAUCAAGCAAACAUCUUGGUAUUGGCCAGUGGGAAAUGGAUCAGUGUGCGCUUUGAGAUUCUUGUAUCACUAUUUAUUGGUGCAGUGGCUUUAGCAGCUGUUUUGGUAUCUCAAGAUGCCGGUGAGUAUAUAGUCAAUAAACAAAACAAAGCCUAAAUCAUAAAUUUAUCUUUAAAUUAGUGAACGAAACCUCAAUAAAAACCAAAGCAGUCACAUCAGCUUCUCAGAAAUAUGGUGACCAGUAAAAAGGCUUAUACGUAGUACAAGGCAUUCGAAUAGACCCGAGAGAAGUUUUAGAGCCACUUUAAACAGCAUGUUUCCACAUGCGAUCCAAACAGGCCUCCAUCAAAGCAACCGCAGCGAUCCUCAUAAAAGAAUUUGCCUUAGAUGAUUAACCCCUACACUGCCUUAUAUCACCUCCUACGACAAGGUCCAGUGAUUAGAAACUUCUUUGACCAGAAAAAGAAAGAAAACCAAUAAGUAACCUAUUUGGUAAGAUCUAAGUGUCCAAUUUUUCGUUCAAUCAGCUUUUGCUGGACUUGCCCUGGCUUACGUCGUCGAAAGAUUUGGGCCGGCUCAAAACGCCGUAAGAAAAACCGUGGAAGUCGAGAAUCUAAUGACGUCAGUUGAACGAGUUAUUACGUAUACCGAGCUUGAGUGUGAGUCUGGAUACAUAAUAGAACGACGACCCCCGGAAAACUGGCCAAGUGAAGGAAAUAUCAUACUUAAAGACAUUUCACUAGCAUAUUAUCCGGGAGGACCGCAAGUGUUGAACAAAAUCAAACUCAAUAUCGAAGGAGGAGCAAAGAUCGGUGUUACUGGCCGGAAGGAGUCUGGAAAGUCAUCUUUUGUGGCAGCUCUAAUGCGCAUGCCUGAAUCUGUGGUGAAAUAAUCAUUGAUGGCAUUCCAAUAAAGGCAAUCAACCUCCAGGAAACUCGACGAUGUAUAUCCGUUCUUGGCCAAAGUCCAGUGUUGUUCAGUGGUUCAUUGAGGAAAAAUCUCGAUCUCACUGAGCGGUUUACCGAUGCGGAUUUAUGGCGAGUUCUACAAGAUGUGCAAAUGAAAGAGUCAGUGGAAAGUCUUUACGGUCAACCUGAUCACGAACUGUUAGAAAAUGGUGCAAAUAUCAGUGUAGGAGAACGACAGUUGAUUUGUUUGGCUCGGGUGCUGUUGCAGCGAAACACGAUCAUCGUUUUGGAUGAAUCCACUGCAAAUGUAGAUCCAGAAACAGAAAAAACAAUCUUGGGCGUAGUGCGUGAAAACCUGAGAGACUCUACGGUCAUCACUAUAGCUCAUCGAUUGAACACCACUCUAGACUGUGACAAAGUUCUAUUUUUGAAACAUGGAGAG